AUGGAGGACGAGCAGGAGGUCGAGCUGGACCUCGAGAAACAGCGGCAUUCACGAUCUAGUUCGUCACAGGAAGAGCAGCAUGCGAAGACCGACUUAGAACAACAACUCGUCGAGGCGACCACAACAAUCGCUGUACUUGCCGAACAGUUGAAAGCUGCCAAUGAGAAGCAACAAAACCUUGAAGCGGAGUUAGUGGAGGCACGAGCCAGUACGCCACAGCUCAUGACGGAGCUUGCGGUGGCACAGGAACGACUUAAAGUCGCGGAGGAAAACCAUGUUCGUCUCGAGAAGCAACUGGCUGAUUCUCAAUCGAGAGUAAUUGUCGAUAUCCCGCGACUUGAGACGGAACUCGCCGUGGCGAAGGAGCAACUUAAGGCGUUUGAUGACAAGUUCAAGGCAAUGAAACUAGAACACACGCUUGAGCUGGAGAAUAUAACGCUGCAACUUACGUCUAUGGAGGAGAAACACGAGCUCCAACAACGUGCCGAGAAUCUAUUGACUAAAUCAAAAGGUCGAGAUCCUGAAGACUUGCCCACACCGGAAAGGUUGUAUCUGGCACCGAUGAUGAUCAUGCCGGACAUGUCCAAUGCCUUGACUUGUGUCACCUUCGUAACUGGCUCCUCUCGCGAAGCUAUUGACGAAAAAGUGCAAAGGUUACGAGGGCAACUCGUGCCAGGUGCCAAGGCGAUUCUCGUUGAGUCUCAAGAAGAAGCCGACUACAUCAAGCAGGCGAUCGUGGAGAGAGGACGUGAACUCACACAGCGCAAGCGCAACAAGAACCCGAAAUUAGUGGUAGAUGUCGAAUUUUACAACGAGCCCAACAAGCUUUGCACGCGUCAUGCUGACGAUGAAGCGACUACGCGCGAUGAAUUCUUGCGGCUCUUCCAACUUCCGUUCGCUCCUCUCGGCGAACUGGUCGAGCAUGUCGCUCCAGAGAUCGAAGCUCCCGAGAAAACCGUCGAUAACGAAAUGCCGUCUGUGGCGACUACAAGUCCUCUGAAGAAGAUCGUCGAGAAGGAGACGCCUCCAGCAAGUCCGACGUCCGGCGAAGAGAUGGCAGAAGAGCCUCGACCUUCUCGCAUCCCAUCGGUGCGUAGCUGGCGCCUGCCUGUACGAGGACCCAAUCUUCGACUAUCGCACCGUUUUGGGUUCAGUUGCGAUCCAGCUAUGCUGCUAGCAAUUCUUGCGGGUUUAUCAGAAGCUGGACAACCAGAGUUGUGGGAUGAGGAUUCCGACGAAGACGAGCAGACUCAGUCGUUGAGCACACAAGAAGGAAUGGUACAGCGGUUUAAGAUGAUGCGAGCCCGAUUUGUUCGGCCAGGAGGCAUCUUCGGUGAGCAAAUACUCGCUGGAAAUCUCCGCACCGGUAGGUUGUCACUGGACGAUGCCAAGUCAGCGUCUGACGCGAGAUCACUGCGAGACCUCACGCCGAUGACUGGCAAAGAACUGGAGCUCGGGACGACGCACAGAGGUCGGUACCUUUGCGGUUGGGUGGCUGUUGAUGACGCGUUCUUUGGUAUUGCCUCGUCGUCACUGAUUCUCGAGGAUGUUACGGGCUAUUUGGUGGAGAUUGCUGCCUACGGAUUGGUGGAUACCGAGCUUCCGGCACAUGAACGGCAACGUGUAGUGGCCGGCAAGCUCUCUAAAGGACGACCGAUCGUUGUUCUCGAGCCAUACUAUAAAGUGCGGAUGGAUGGGUCGGUAGGAGUUCGAGUCGACGAAGCAGAAGAAAUUAUCCCAUGGCAAGACGUCCCGACGGACUUGAUGAGCUGGAAGAAGCUCGGAAAUGAAUUCUUUAGUACGUUGGACUCCCAGAACGACGGUCGUGGAGCGCUAGCGUGUUAUAAACGUGCACUGGAAGUCGCACAGUCUGAAGUUGAACUGCUGGCGGUGCUGCUCACCAAUAUCGCAACUUGUCGCUCUAAAGUGGAAGACUACGCAGCUAUUAUCCAGCUUUCCGGUGCUGCGGUGCAUCUCGAUCCUACCUAUUUCAAAGAUGGGUGGCGAAAGGAAGGAUCGGUCUGUUUCUUCAAAGGCGACUUCGAGUGUGCUGAGGAAAAGUAUCGAAAGGGGGUGGAGGUCAUGAGAUCAUGCUGUCAGAACGCAUCGGUGGUGCUGAACAACGUCGCGGCUGUUUAUUUGAGGCUGCAUCAAGCUUCAUCGGCCAGUUCGGAAGAGGUUCCGAAUAUCGAGGCAGCAGUUUUGAACUCUUCUGUUGCGGGCAUUGUCGACCCUCUCAACCACAAGGCGUGGCUUCGUCGGGUUCGCUGCUUGGGCACAAUGGGGUUCAGUCAUGAAAAAUGCGUUCAAGACUUGCAAGGAAUUCGCGCCAACGUCGUUUUAAGCGCAGUGGAACAUUCGGGCCAGCUGAAAGUUUUCGAACAGAAUCUGGAUGUCGUAAUUCUGAACCUCACCAGAUCAGAGACUGCCAAAAGGGAUAUCAAGUCGACAGAGACUCCAAGUGAACAGCGUGAUGAGAAGCCUCCUCCUGACGUCCCAAAAGUCGAGGAAUAUGAAGAAAUAGAUCAGUAUAUCGCUCGAUUGGAAGGGUUUGUGGAGAGAUUGCGCAUGGCACAUGCCAUAUCCAAGUCCCAGUCGAACCCUCGGCUUCAGCUUCUACCUCUUGAGAUGCAAAUGUUCUUUGCAAAUCCGCCACCAGAAAUCCACACCGAGUUCCCAAAGCUUCGUAAAUGGCCCGAAGGUAUCGACGCUGCACUCGCGCAGAAGCUUCUCUAUCGUGCCUUCUUGGAUGCCAGCGUGAACCCUUGGAUCGAUGCACUACGCAUGCGAGAUGGAAGUUUUUUUGACACGAUAAGCUUUGGUGACCGAGUGAAGCGCUGGCAUGGGACCGGAGCGAUGGAACUCCUUCGAGCCAGAGGGUCCGUUCAUCAUGGAGAUAUCGUUGACGCUCGUGAAGCUUUGAGUGACUAUGCACCGAGAUAUGACGCUAAGACUCGAUCGAACUUCUCCAACAACGUCAGUCGCGCGGAUAUCUACUACUUCGACUCGACCCACGUAGCGAUUGGCUUCACUGACUGUAGUAGUCUCCUGGCUGCUACGCUAUGCGAGAACUCAAGUCGCGACGGACCUUUGCGAUAUGUUGGAUUCGAGAUGAGCGAGUUUGCCGUGGCCAAGUGGAAAGUAGCUGCGCUUAUGCUCGGAUCUUCCAGUGUCUCGAUCUCAAGUGUGAUGGAAGUUUGGCUCUCGUCAACGUGGAGUGAGACCACGUUGAAGGACUUCAGGAACAGCUUGAACGUUGUACUGACCUCGCUACAAGAGCAGGAUGAGAACCCAAAGGUGAUGGCAUAUUUGAAGCACUGGGCGUCGGCGGAGACGAUUUCUGCAGCUGAAGCACGUUCCCAGUUCUUCUCGAACUUGGUGAAACACAGUAGUAGAAUUCUACCUGCGCUGUGUUGCUUCUGCCGUCAGAUCGACCGCCUCGACUUAACUCAGUACAUGCUGACUGGAGAGAUCCGAGCAUCGCCCGAUGUCGUGAAUCUGGUUGAGAAGGAGCAACCUGGUGCAACUAAAAGGACCAAUGGCUCAACUGGACAAGCGAAGAAGAAACGGAACCGAAAGAAGAAGAGAACGGCGAAAGGAAAACGUGUGAAAGCGUCUGAUGCUGCGUCCCUGGUUGGCAACUUGACGAUGUGGAAUGUGCCCGCUAACUCUCCUCCACUCGAUGACGAAAUUGCGCUUAACACUGUGGAUUUUAGGACCUUGGUGGAGGACUACGUUGACCCAGAAAAGAAGCAGAAGAACUCGACAAAGCGUUUGUCGGUGCUGGAUUUGUUCGUCAUUUACAUUCUUAAGAAUCUCCAUCGUCUUCGCGGUCUGAUGCUGGCGAAUAUAUUGACAGUCGAAGUGAAUUACGGCGUCGUCAAGGCAGGACGUGAUGCGAGUGACCCCGUGGAUGAGGCGCUGCUGACGCGUAUAGCGGAGCUGCAGCCGGAGACUAUUUCGUGGUCAAACCUGCUGGAUUAUUUUUCACUCGAGGGUUUUCAUGACCUCGCUCGACGCUGUUCGAUGUAUGGAAACUGUUUGCACUACGGACACAGCACCAACUGGUCGGCACAAGUAUUCGGAGCGUCAAUGAUCGACUAUCACCCGGGAAAUGCCAGCGUGAUGAUCGAGGCGGUGCUUAACUCUGCUCUAGGACUCUCGAACGAGGCGUUGCCAGGUCCACCACUUCUUUCAAUGGUAAAUAUGCUCACGAAAGAGAAUCUGGACAAGUUAUUGUUCCUACCUUUCCCGGCGUCUGGGGACUUCGUGCACACCAAUGAACUCUGGAUUUCAGAUGGGUACAAACAAUGUGGCAGUGGCGAGUCCUCUCGAUCGCUCGCCAUGCGCGCUCUACUUGAGCUGGUGCUACGAUCCAAAUGUGCGAUUGGUCGAGGGAGACCCUUUUGA